AUGAUGGAUCGUGAGGACGAAGCGCAAGAAUUGCCAGCGGGAGGUGGAGAAGAACAUGAAGAGGUUGUAAAGUCGCAAAAAGAAAACACAGAAGAGGAUGAGGAUGACGAUGAGGAGGGUGGCGAAAAGAAAAACGAUACCCAGGAAAGUGACGACAAGAAACCUGAUGACGAGAAAGUUAUGCCUAAGAAAUUCUGGAUUACGGAACUGCCAGACCCAGAAGAUGCUGAAUUCAGGAAAUACACUCAUCGCACCCCAGUUGAGGGUACCCAUGAUUUCUCAAUUUACGAGCCGGGGGACAAGCAAUGCAGUGUGUGGGAAUCACAUCCAGAUCAUGAGUGUUACUCAUCGUUUGGAGAUGGAGGGACAACAGCAACUGUGAAUGCGUUUGGGCAACUCAUGCAAUUCAGCACUUAUCUUGGCCCAGGAAAAUCUGGCAUGUUUUGUGUAGACCAUACAUCUAUCUCUAUGCCCUACUAUACUUCGUACAGAGCGAAUCAACUGAAUGAGAUGUCCCGAGCCCGCAAUCGAGGCAGGAUGACGUACGGUGUAUAUUUUCCAGAUCUAAUUCUAGAAGAUGAUUUGGUCCGGAAAUACGUACACUGUAGGUGGCCGCGGUAUGAAUACGAGAGCGAAAAGGCCAAACUCGUCAAUCAAUGGAUGGUGCAUGAUGGAGUCGUUUUACAGCAGUGGCGGUUCACUAACCUCGACACCGAAGAAGUAUCAACCAGAAUUGCGUUUUCGAAAGACAUGCAAAUUCGGGACGUUCAGUAUCAGGAAUGGAGUUUCUUCGACUCUUCUAGGGAUACAGAUAUUAACCACCACUUCUUGGGACCGGAAAGUUAUAGCUGGAUAAUCUUGAAUGGAUUAUGGAAGGAUGACUCAACUAACACUGGAGAAGCUAGGCCAAUAGACAAUUCUAUCAGAGUGAUCGUGUCUGUAUUCAUUGACGGUGUUGCCAUGAAGUUGCACUCUAGCGAGGAAUGGAAUUUAACUGUCGAAAUUCAACAAACUAAAGAAAUGGUUGUUGCAUAUAAGUUGGUAUAUUCAACGUCGGAGAUUACAAAUGAUUGGAAACAGUUUUUGGUGGAGGCGGAUAAAGCGAAUGUCAAUAAUCUGUUAUUAAAAGAGUUUGAAUCGACGCAAUAUCGUCCGAUACCACUUUCCAGCCUUAGAGAUUCCAUACCCAAUGUCUCUGCUAGUGAAACUACGGCGUGGGAUAAGAUCAAGAGUAACCUUGACUUCAUUUUCCAAAGGCAUCUGGAACAUCUUCUCACUGUUUGCGCGAUUCCCAUUACCUCGUGCCAAGGUAGAAAUAAUACGUCUGCUGUAGCCUUGACGUGUGGGGAUAUAUCAGCUCAUCGGAUCUGUACUUCAGCUAGUUUCUUUGCGUUUCUGUUCCUUCUCCAAGCAGACUCUCAUCUACGAUCAAUCGAGUCGCCUAAUGAUACAUACGUUUUAUCGCUUCGAGAUAGAAUUAAAAAAGUAUGUAAAGGACAUUUGAUAUGGUUAAAUGAUGCAGAGCUGUCAGGAGAUCAUCUCUUUGAGUUUGGCUACAUGGCUAAUGGGAAAAGAAUAUUGGCAAACGGAGGACCGAGACACGCUAAUGAGUGGCCAAGGAAUAUUCUUACAGAUACAGCAUUCCAAAUCAUCAAGGCAGGGGAAUUUGCCGAACACUACAGUAAAGACCCUGGCAAAAACGAGUGGCAGCUGGCUCGCGAAUUUGUCGGGCAAAUUUAUAGAAAUUGGAUAACGCAUCUAGAUAAAUUCGAUGGGAGAGGCAAGUUUGUAUGGCCUCGAUCUCGACGUGAGGAGUUCGGUGUCUUCCGCCUAGAUGAUCAUGUCUGGACUAUCGAGGCUCUUAAGAUAGCUGAACCCAUGAUCUCCCCCAAAAAAUUAGAAGGAGAUAUCCCAGAACAAACAACUGGGGCCUCAACGAGGCCAACUAAGUCAGUUUUGGCAAAGGAGUAUUCUUUCGCCAAUACAAAGCGGGAAGUCGUACAACGAUUUACCACCCAAAAUCCAAAUUACCAAUCUAAAAAGAUAAUGCUAGCUGUGACAAGAUCCGUACGGGAAUCCAGAUUCUUGUUUCAUGCGCGAGAUACCGCUCUCUUUUACGCCUCCGAUCGAAUUGACUGGAGUGGGACACGGUUUAACGAGCUGUUGAGAAAUACCAUUGACUCGCAACCACAUCAUAUGGACAAUGAAGACUCUGGCUGGGAUAACACACUUCGCUAUGGCUUAGCCAUCAUUAUGGGCACUUGUGGGUACGAAAUCAAUGCAAAGUCGUCGUUUGAAUUGGUCCAAUCAUCUGUCGAUGUCCUUUUUGGAAGCUUUAGUUCCAACGGGUUUGUUCCGGGGCAGCUAGAUAAGGACACGAAGGAGCAAGCUUUAUUCCAACUGAAAGAACACGCAGACUCCUAUUAUCACGCUAGUUUUGAGAUACCCUAUAUCCUUCUUCAAUACGCUACCAAAAUAUACGGUCUAUAUGAAACGCAGCUUUCGGAAACAACAACUUCGGGCUCCUCAACUACUACAAAAUUAAUGACCGAUCUUGAUAACCUUCAACACACAAAGCUUCAGCGACGUGAGAGCAUCUUCGACACAACUCUACUCUCGAUACUGGCAAAUGAACAAAACCAACCAGCAAAAGUCGUAGAUACUAUGAGAGCUCGGGUAAAUGUUACCAUGAAAAAGACCACCCCUUUCAAUGACUUGAUCGAUAUAAAAAAUAUUGUAGACCGUGAUGAUGAAUGGCUUUACAAUUAUCCCUCCAUAUUUUCGAGAAAGGUCAAAAUCGAUUUAAAAGAGGCACUAGAGUCGGCAAAAGCGGGAGUGAAUUAUUCAGAAAUUGGUAAUUAUGUCAUCAGAAAGGAACUUGACAAUUUGGAGGGAGAUAUUCCUGAUUUACUUGCAAGGUGCAAUUCCUGUUUUGUUGUUGAUACAAAAAAAACGAAACAUCUCGGGAGAGGGGAUGGGCAAGGUGACCUAAGCCCACUAUAUUACCAUUCCAUCAUCUGGUAUACCCUCGGGAGCCCUCGUACUCCAGAGCUAGCCAAGAAACGCUUGAUCUGGAUGCCUCUGGUUGGUGAGUUUCAAGCUUCUUUGUGCUACUUGGCCACUCCUGAAAUCCAUCAGAUAUCGAUCUCCUCGUUUUUUGAUCGACACGUGAAAAAUGAAAGUUACUUCUUUGAAGAUACAGCUUCUUUAGCAAAUUCAUGGGAGACUGAGUUCCAUCUGAGUUUCUAUUCACUCAUCGAUUCAAAUUCCAAUCAUGCUGAAGGAAUAGCUACUUCAUCUGCGGAAGAGUUCCCAGGUGGUAAUCAAGAAAAGAAGAUCGCUCUUGCUUCUAUGGGCUUCCGCUUUGAUGGCGAUAUUUUUGAUCGAUAUUGGACUGGUUAUUUGUUGGAGAAUGUUCCAGGUCUGUACAGAGAGGACGUAAUUGACUAUUAUCCAGGCCAAGGCCACCAACCCUUGUUCAUAGAAUCAAAUGAUAAAGCCUACAGACAGAGAAAGGUACUCGAGUUGCAAUUCUUUGAUCGGAUGAUAAAACAAAUGGUCCGAUGCACGCAAGAAAUAUCUUACUCGAUUAAAGAGGAGUUGGGAAUGAAACAGGGCGCUUUGUCAUCUUCCAUUCUGAGCAGUGAUGAUUAUUUUGCUUCGAGUAUUCUUUGGAACAAAUAUCAACACAUCUUACAUGUUAUCGAGGAGGAGCUCGAUUCUGCAAUCCGAGUCAUCGGGAAAUGGGAGAAGAGGGAGGAUGACCGAAAGGGGGAAGAACCUCGCUGGACAAGAAAUGACGAGAUAAAGUAUCGCGGUACUAUUAACAAAUUUAAAAGUUCUACGAAAAGGCAAAUUGUGGACCUAGAUGGUGCAUAUAGGAAUAUCAAAACUCUAAGGGAAACUAUCGAAAAUAGCCAGGACCAAAUUCGCAAUGACUUGAGCCUUCAAGGGUCCGAGAAUAUUCGAUUCUUCACUUAUGUUACUGUCGUUUUCCUGCCUCUUGGGUUUGCAACAGGUAUUUUCAGCAUGAGCGGUGCGCCUGAUGGGAAGGUACUUAGCAGUAUGGCAAUUUGUGCUGUUGUCGCUCUCCUCCUCACGGUACUCGCCUUACUCAACGCUAAACAACUAGCUAAGAUCGUGGAUGACCUGUUCUCGGUGUAUCACAGACAUUCUCAAGCAAAAAUGGAAAGGAGUCUUAUAGUCUACGAUAAGAAGAAGCGGCGAAACACCUCUCAGGACGUUGAAGGAGCUGCCGUUGAAGAGGCUGACAAAAAUCAUGAUCGAGUCAAGCGUACAAUUCCUCAUCGCAAACAGCGCGAAACGCCUUCAAAGGUUGAGACUUGGACUCUUUUAUUCUGGAUUCACUAUUUUAGCAUUGAGCUUCCCGCCCGACAAGUCUUACUGGCAUCAAACAGCUUGAAAUCUGGAAAACCUACAGUUCUAACUCCGAUAUAUGUAUUGCUUGGUAUUGUAUUUCUACCGAUCUUCAUCUUAUCUUGUCUCUUCCAGCUUAUCAUAUAUAAUUUGGCAGAUUUUAUGGCAGCAAUUUGGGGCAAAACUCAUGCUGUUCCAACUUACUCUAUCAUCAACAAAAAUGAAGGAUUCAAACAAAAAAUAUAA